CACGAUUGGCUGGCAGUCGGCGGGCGAGUGGCAGCCAGGCGCCUGCCCGCUUGCGGGGCUUCUCCUCAGCGGCGUCGCAGGGUCCAUUGACCACCUCAGCCUCCCUCCGAGGUCCGUAUGGCCUCAGGCUCUCAGAGAAGGUGUCCCCACGCUCCCCGAAGGCUCCGGCGCGUCUCCGGAAACCGCGGUCAGGAGAAGUGGCACCACCGCUCGACAGCCUAGCGCGGCCGUGACGUCAGGCGGGCGCGAGCUGCGAUUGGCCAGAGCAUGUGGUGUGGGAGGGCGCUGGUGCAAGUGGUUGGGCGCGCGGCUCCGGGGCGGAGCCAGGGAGCGCCGAGCGCUGCUCUCCGAGCUCAAAAGGGGCGCGCUCCUGGGCCGGCUCGCAUCUCAGGCCUGAGUGUUUUAGGAAAGAUCAGACAAUUUGUAACAAUGCCUGAAAUAAACACCAAUCAUCUAGAUGAGAAACAAGUCCAACUCCUUGCAGAGAUGUGUAUUCUUAUUGAUGAAAAUGACAAUAAAAUUGGGGCUGACACCAAGAAGAAUUGCCACUUGAAUGAAAACAUUGACAAAGGAUUAUUACAUCGUGCUUUUAGUUUCUUCUUAUUUAACACUGAAAAUAAGCUUCUGAUACAGCAGAGAUCAGAUGCUAAAAUUACCUUUCCAGGUUGUUUUACCAACACUUGUUGUAGUCAUCCAUUAAGUAAUCCAAGGGAGCUGGAAGAAAAUGGUGCCAUCGGUGUAAGGCGAGCAGCACAGAGGCGUUUGAAAGCUGAAUUAGGAAUUCCUUUGGAAGAGGUUCCUCCAGAAGAAAUGAAUUAUCUAACACGAAUUCACUACAAGGCACAAUCUGAUGGUAUCUGGGGUGAACAUGAAAUUGAUUAUAUUUUGUUUAUGAAGAAGAAUGUAACUUUGAAUCCAGAUCCCAAUGAAAUUAAAAGCUAUUUUUAUGUAUCCAAGGAAGAACUAAAAGAACUUAUGAAAAAAGCAGCCAGUGGUGAAAUUAAGGUUACUCCAUGGUUUCAAAUUAUUGUGGACACAUUUCUCUUUAAAUGGUGGGAUAACCUGAAUCAUUUGAAUCAGUUUGUUGACCACGAGAAAAUACAUAGACUGUGAAUGUGUAAAUGAAUGAUUAUUGAAAAUUUUCCUUAUCUAGUAAACUUAGGAUGGUUUUAUUGUUGUUUUAAAAUUGGAUUCCCCAUUAGGACAAGUUUCAUGAUAUUUGGAUACAUUACAACCAGAGUUUGUGUGGGGGAAAAAAUUCAGUUGGCAUAUAAUUUUGUUUCACACCCCAUCUACAUGCACUGUUAUUUGUAAAAAACAUUUAUGAGAGAAUUGUAAAAUGAGAGAGCAAAUAAAACGUGAACUGUCCAAAUACAGGGUUAUGACAAAUUGAAGAAAUAGUAAAGUUCUUCAUUUUUUUUAUAUUCUGAAAAAUAUUUUCAGAACACUCUGCUUGCUGUUGGCCUGGUGCUUUAUAUAUAAAUGAAUUUGUAUCAUAGUCCAGAAAAAUGAGCAAAGAAAACUGUUUGCUUAGAUCCUUUAAAACAUUCCUUAUUAACAGAUUAAACUGUCAGAGCAGGUUUAAGGAAACCUGUGCACAGCCAACUCUCGGUAUCCACACAGGUUUUGUUUUGGGACUCCCUUCAUACCAAAAUCUGCAGAUGUUUAAGUCCGUUAGUUUGCCUAUGAUCUACACACAUCGUCCCUUACACUUUAAAACAUCUCUGGAUUAUUUAAUAAUGUAAAUGUUACAUAAAGAGUUGUUACACUAUAUUGUUUAGGAAACAAUGGCAAGGAAACGUUUAAUACACAUGAUUUUUUUUCCAAAUAUUUUUAAUCUACAGUUGAUUGAAUCCUUGGAUAUGUAACACAGAUGUGGAGGGCCAACUGUAUAUCCUAAUUUCUGUCAUUCUAAGUUGAUUUUGUGAUUCAGCCUUUCUGAAAGUAUCAUUUUGAUACUUAACAGUCAACUGUUAACUUUUGGUAAUGAUUUUUUUUUAAUAAAUUUUCUUUUAAAAAGUAUUUACAACUGCAAAUUUUUACAGUGCACAUUUCUUACUCUCUGUUGGGAAUUGCGUCAUACAUUAUAGGGUUAAGAAAACUAUAGGCACUAUGGACAUUUGUUCUGGAUAGUUCUUUGUUGUAGCAUUAAGCAGCAUCUCUGGGCUCUACACAUUAAAUGUCAUGACAACCAGAAUUACACCAGAUACUGCCAAUAUCCACUAGGGGGCAAAGUUGCGCCUUGGUAAGAACCACUGUUCUAUAUCUUUAGUAGGGGAAGAAUAGCGUGAAAAAUCUGCAUAGAUUCAGAUUAUGCAAUGGGUGUAUGUUAAAAAUGUACCUUGAUUAAUGCACUUUUUAAAAUUGCCAUAGAUUUCUCAAAUUUGAAAUCUUAAAAAUAGUUUUAUUAUCUUUAAAUGCUGUAUAAUAAUAAAAAAAAAUUAUUUCUUACAAAGCUAAAUGUUUUAUAAUUCAAUUUCUUGUUCAUCCUGAACAAUUAACUUAUAACUUAAGACUGUGUAACAAGUAUUUUAUUGAGAAGCAAACACAAUAAACAGUUACCACAUUUUAA